CUGACUAUUCGAUGAAAAUGAAAGCUGUGUGCAGGUGGAAAGAACAUGUAGCUCUUAUUUUGAUUUUUUGUAUAAGUUUUAACGCGACUAGUAGCCUGACUGGGCUGCAGGUAUGUUCGCUCUGUGGUGGAUCGGUUCUGAACGGAUCCACUGUAGGUCACUUCUGUUCUUUAUCAGCUGGAUGGAUACACAGACGAUGCUGCUUGCGGAAUGACAGCACAAGCGACUCUGAACGUAUCAUCGGGUUGGAUUUAUCGAAUUGUUCACUGACUCACGUGGAAAAUCUUCAAGAGGCAUCCGAAGUGUUAAUGAUAGAUCUCUCCCUCAAUCCCAUUGUCAACAUCAGUGAUGAUGUGUUUCGAGGAUUUUUUUACCUAAAUUACAUCAUUUUGCCAGAUGAUAUCGUUUGUCCAGGAGGGAACACUUCCUGGCAGAAGGUGGAAGUCAAACAGGGAAAUCGUAUUUGUGAAGGCCAGAAAAAUAUGUGCAACCAGACAGGACAGUUUUCCAAUAACUGUCCAGAAAACUCCCUCUGCGCCCCCUACGGACCAGGCUUCUAUGAGUGCAGCUGUGCUGAGAACUACCACGGAUACAAGUGUCUCAGAGAGGGUGGGUUUCCAGCUCUCCAGGUUUUCGGGCCUCUUGCAGCAUCUACACUCGUGAUGUCCUUCCUGCUGUGGGUCACACAGAGACGGAUAGCAAAGGCACUGAGUCACCACUGACAGAAACGCACUCCUCAAAGGAACUUAUGCAACCUCGUGCAUUGUCUUUUAAAAUUUGGGUUACAGUUUUUUAGAUGUGGCUGUAUUUUACUUCAGGUAAAGU